AGCGGACUAGCGCAGUAACCUCCUGCUCAAACGAGCUUAGCGACUUCAUUCACCAUAGAGAAGGGCCAUGUUGUUGUUCUUAUUAAAUUAAAACCUCAGUGGAAACUGGUAUUCCCCCUUUUCCCAUUUUCCGACUUUCACCUCCUCUCUUCUACCAAAAUGGGCCCUCUCAAGAUCCCCCCGGAGCAUGUCUACUGCGUCCAAGCCGGAAAGAAGCACUAUGAACUCUUCACCACCACAUAUGUUGGCGCGAACUAUUGCGGCCAUUGCGGCUUGGCCAACCCCUUUCGGCCCCAGCAUCGUGCCAGGUCCAAAACUCCGGCGAUCCCGGGUCCGUACGAUGAGGUGAUAGAGGUUGAAGACUCUCCGCCACCACGACCAGUCAGUCCAGCAAGCCAGUUGCUACGUGACAGACCGAAACCUGUCUCAUCUAUCGGUGUUGGGCGCACAGCUCAACAGCUCCCUGUCGAGGCGUUUGCUACCGGUGCGAUGAAUACACGGGCACGCAUUCCUCCUCCUGAGUUGCCAAGCAGUCCCCAGUUUAUGACUGUGGCAUCCGCGGCCAGCCGGGCCAUUCAGAAUUCAAAGACGAAUACCAGAAAGCCUACGAGGCACCGGACGGGAUACCAGUGGGUACAUAUAAGUCUCCUGCUUGUGAGCCUGGAGACCAAGUACUUCAACGGGCUUGCAGUUGAGGUUCCGGAGACGGUGCUGCCUCUGAAAGAUACAGUGAUCAAGUUUUCCUCGGUGGAUUUACUGACUUGGCCCUCAUUUACCGCGAUCUUGUUCGACCAUCUCCGUCCGCUCCCACCUACAAUCGAUCUUACGAACAGAGACCUCUGGAGCCUUUCUUACGCCUCGAGCUUCUCUGGCAAAAAGAUCGUCACAGUUCCCAACACCGACAAGUACACGACUCCGUCCAGUAUGCUCGCCUCGGGACACUUCGACAACAAUCAGGCAGGACAAUUGAAAGUGCUAGUCGUCCUUACAUCCCCAGAUGUAGUCGACAAACAGGAACCAGUUACACCGUUGGGAUCGGAUGGAUACUCCACGCCAGUCAAGGAAGAAAAGAAACGGAAGGUCAAGCAAGAAGACACAAGCCCUGCCUUAAAUCGCGAGAAGCGCAUCAAGCAGGAAGUGCAUGUCAAGAAAGAGGGUAGCGCUGGGAACACAGAUCAGGUUAAGCAGGAGGUACACAUCAAGAUGAAGCCGGAAGGGCGCGUCCCGGCUGCCUUCUGCGAGAGCCUGACAGACGACGAGCUUGAAAGCAUUGCUGACGAGAUAGUUGUACAUGAAGAUGUGGUAGAUCUUGUUGAAGUGGAAGAUCCGUUUCAUGAUCAAACGUUUGACAGCAUUCCUGGCCACAAGGGGGGUGAAUAUAUGAUAGAUGACGGAGACGAGGCAGACGGGAAAGAUGGUGAGCAAGCUGUGGUCCCGGAGUUCGUAAGAGACCAAACGAUCUCCUUUACGAGUCAAGUACUGACACUCACAGGUAACUCUGGAGUGCCUUCCUCAAAGCAUUGGGAGUGAUCAAACUCAACUGUCCGACAUUGAUAUUGCCGAGGCGCUUCCGCCAGCACACUCCACACGCUUCAAAGGAACGAAGGUUCCUGCAACAUUUGUCGUCCGUCAUAAGAAAAAUGCGAAUUGACUACUCGGGUUCCCCAUUUAUGCCGUCGCUAUCUCCCCCAUCAUCACUUAUUCCCUCUAUGUCGUUUCCUUCUUCGUCGUCAUAUCCUAAUUCAAUAAGUGGUUGCUCUGCCGGUUCCCCAUCCCCAA